UAAUAGUAGCUUUUGAAAAUUUGGAAGUAUCAGCUGUUUUCAUAAAUGAUUUUGGGUUGAUGAGUUGGACUACUGGGUAGAAAACGCCAAAUUCCUUUCUUGCUUAGAAGAAUGUCAAAGGAAACUUUUGUAUUCACCUCUUCCACUCUGCGCUCCUUGCGCUUGCAACGAGAAAAGCUGGAGUGGGAAGAACGGCAGAGGGCUGCAUCUCAUCAGUGGGCCAGCCAGAGGUAUCGUCCAACUGCCAGGAGCCUCCUUUCUCUCCCCAAGCCCACCAGACAUCUUGAAUACUGCCGGGAUCCUGCUCUUCACAAUACCCUUUACACAGGAGACUUGCCAAGAAUUCAAAGCAUUUUUAAAGAUAAAAUCACUUCCAACUUGAUUGUGGAGACCCAGGUGGAAGAACUAGAGUGGUCAGCUGAUCAGGGGUUGUGGGUGUUGACUGCUCAAAAGAAGCACACGUCUCCAUUGCGAAUAACAGCUGCCAGGGGCUAUCAAGACUGUGUGAAACAUCUGCUCUUGAAAGGGGCAGAUGUCAAUGCAGUUAUUGGUGGGAAAGCUGCUUUGCAUGAUAGCUGUGCCAACCACCAUGAAGAAUGUACCCGUCUGCUCCUACGUUAUGGUGCUAAUGCUAAUAUUCUUUCAGAAGAGGGGCUGGCCCCAUUGCACUUGUGCACCACUCACGAAACUUUGCCAUGUGCUCAACUACUACUGGAAUAUGGAGCUCUAGUGAACCAGAAAUCAAGAGAUGGUCAUGCUUCCCCAUUGCAUGUGGCUAGUAGGAAUGGUUUAGAGGAUCAUGUCAAACUCUAUCUUUGCUAUGGAGCAAAUAUUGCUCAUAGAAAUCGGGAAGGAGAGACAGCUCUCAACACUGCUUGUGCCAAUGCAGAUAGACCUGAGGGGGCUGGUCGCUAUUACCAAGUGGUAAAGCAACUUCUUGAUGGUGGGGCCAAUGUCCAGAUCGCUGGCCGAAAGAACCAUACUCCACUGCACAAUGCCUGCAGCAACUGUCACAUUGGGAUUGUGGAACUCCUACUACAGCAUGGGGCAGAAGUCAAUAUUCGUAAUUGUGCUGGCAAUACUCCUAUGGACUGUGCUUUGCAAGCAGUGGAAGAUUACCUGGAGGAAGAGCCUGAAAAAGUUAUAGUAAUGUUGCUCAACCAUGGUGCUGCCUCUAUUAAUCCUAAGAUGCUAAAGUUUUGUGCCUCAUCACCUCGAUCUAUGGAAAUAAUUCUGAAUUCUUAUGAUCGAGUAUUGUCCUGUGAUUCCUGGGUGGAAUCUGUAUCUACUGAAAUGUGGCAAGAGCAUCAAAUGUUCUAUGAUUCAGCUCUUUUUCUGGUGAAUCAACCUCGCCCAUUGCAACAUUUAGCUCGUUGUGCUAUUCGAAAGCAGUUAGGGAUACAUUGCCAUAAAGGCAUCUCUCAAUUGAAACUGCCUUCUGCUUUGCAUGAAUAUUUAUUUCUCCCAUUGAAGGGUUAUCUCAAAUAAAAUGAUGGAAAAAUAGAGAGCAAUUAGUAAUUAAAUAUGAUUCCAUCCUUCUGUAAUGAAAUACUAGUGUUACCACUAAAAUUGUGAUUAAACUGCAAAUAAGGUUAAAAC